GCGACCUGUAUAGGGACCAACCUAAACUUCACGUCUUCAUGGCCACUGUGUGGAUUAUCGUUGCUUCGCUUUUUGCUGGUGUAAGAGCCAUGCAGCACCAUUGUCAUGUGUGCUUGUCUGAGACCAGCUCUGAUGUAGAGAUAGAACGUGUGUUCCCUGGAGCCAAACUGGAGUCUUGUCAUCUCUCCUCCACCAUCAUGGUCUGUCCUGACACAUACAAAGGAUGUCUUACACAGAGCAAAGGAGACCAAGUAAUGCGCACCUGUGCCCAACUGGCAGUGGAUGCUUGCCGGUGGGCCAACGGCGUAGAGUACUGCUACUGUAUGGGCAACCUUUGCAACACACCGCCUCCUAGACCUCCUACCUCGGACGACGAAGAUCUUGAGGAGAAUACAGAAGGCAGUGGCGCACACAGCGACACCCCCGACAUGAUUGAAUCGUCGACUUCAACAACAACUGACAAAAUACCAACAAUUUCGUCUAGAGCAGUGGUCACUGAAUCAUCUGUUGUUUAUCUGACGAUUUCACUUAUUGUUUCUGUGUGGAGGUAAUUGCGAGAAAGAUUCACUAAGUUAAACUGUGAUAAAUAAGAUUAGGUUGUGUUUAGAUUGGUAUUGUGGGUGAAAAACUCUUGAUUGAUUUUGAGUGAAGCAGGGUUGCCGACCUUUGAUUUAGGGAAAAUCAGGACGAUCACCCCUUCCCCGCUGUAUUAACAUGGACAUAAGCACGGGCACAAGGGACUAAAAUCGGGACUGUCCUGACAGAAUCGGGACGGGUGGCAACGCUGGAAAUGGCUGGAGUGAAGGGAAGACCGAUACAAUUCUCCUCCCAACACUGCGAAAUGUAACCAGUAUCAUAGGAAAGAGGUUGCGGUAUUUAAAUUUUGCAUAAAGCCAAAAUUAAUAAUUAUUGAUUAAAAUU